UAGUUCAUGUGCCUUUCAAUAAAAUAUAUAUAUUUUAUAUAUAUAUGUGUUAAUACUAAAAUUAUACAAAAGAAAAAACUUUCAAUUUUAAUGAAAAUUGUUGUAAUAUAAUUUAUAUUAAAUAAGAUCAAAUUUUGCAAUGCAAUACUAAUAACGAUGUUCAUUUAACUAUUAAAAAAUAAAUAUCAAAGUAUAAAAAUAAAUAUUAAGGAAAAAUGUUUUUAGUAGGUUUGACAGGUGGAAUAGCUACUGGAAAAAGUAGUGUUGCUGCUGUUUUUCAAGAAUUCGGUAUACCUGUCAUUGAUGCUGAUCAAAUUGCACGAAAAGUUGUAGAACCUGGAAAACCAGCUUGGCAUAAAAUACGUAAAGAAUUUGGUUUGGAAAUAUUUUUAGAUACAGAUGAACUUGAUAGAGCAAAACUUGGAGAUUUAAUAUUUAACGAUAUAGAAAAAAGAAAAAAAUUAAAUGCUAUAACACAUCCAUAUAUAUAUAAGAAAAUAUAUUGGCAAGCAUUUAAAUAUUUUUUACAAGGUCAUCAAUUUAUACUUAUGGAAUUGCCAUUACUUUUUGAAACAGGACAUAUGUUAAAUUACUUACAUAAAAUAAUUGUUGUAACUUGUGAAGAAGAUUUACAAUUACAACGACUUAUGGAAAGAACAGGAUUCACAGAAGCUAAAGCAAAAUUAAGAAUUGCUGCACAAAUGUCAUUAGAAAAGAAAGCAGAAAUGGCAAAUUUUGUUAUUGAAAAUUCUGGUAGUGAAUAUGAUACUAGACAACAAUCUAUUAGAAUCAUUAAUGUUUUAAAAGCUUCCAAAUAUCAUUGGAAAUUACGAUUCUUAGUUGGAUUUUGUUGUACCAUUUUAUUAGCAGGUGUAUAUUGGUUAAAAAAUCGAACUUUACGAUCUUUGUUAACAAUAGCAUAAAAAAUAUUACUUAUAAAUAUUUGUGAAUACAAAUAUCAAAUUAUGGUUGAAUAUUACAUUUAUCAAAUUUAAAAAUUAAAAAAUUAAUCUGCUUGUAAAUAUUGAUAAAAUAGUUAAUCAAAGUAUGUAAUCAUUACACAUUCUAAACAUAUUUUUAAAAAAUAAGGUAUAAUAAUUAUUGUUAUUAUUAUGUAUAUUAUAUAUUAUAAACAAAUUCUGAAUCAAUGAUGAUUUGCAUUUUAUAUAGUUAAAAUAUUUUAAUUUUGAGUGAUGAUAUAUUGAGACAUGAUAUUUAAAUUAUGUUAAUAUUUUUGUAAUAUUUCGAGUUUUGCUUAAACAAAACGGCUGAUAAAGAUAAAGAUAAUAGAAUUUAUAUUCUCCUAAUAUAAAAUCGAAAUUUCUAACAAUACAAAUUUUUAUUCUGAAUUUACGAUUUAAAAUUAGAAAAAUAUAAUUAAAAAAAAACUGAACGCGAAAUUUUUAUCUACUUUUUGAAAUAAUUUAAAUUUCACUAUGGCCUGUUUUGCAAGAUUUGUUGUUCUAAAGAUAUUUUGUAAAAUCAAAAAUAUAAUAUCUAUAUUUAUUAUUUUAUAUAUUAAAACAUAUUGUAUUUUUGAAAGAAAAAUGA